GUUUGCAGGCUGAGCUGACUGGAGGAGGAGGAGUCCUGCUGAAAAGUUUGUGCAAGAGGAAACUUGAAGUCUUCUUUCAUGUGGCCCCCCUCAACAAGUUGAAGAGCAGCUUGCACCAAACAGCCUGUCAUGGAAAUCCCUGCCAUCAAUCUAAAGGCCAUCGUCCUGGUGCACUGGCUGUUUACAAUAUGGGGCAGCAUGGCGUGGCUGCCUCCCUCCUUCGCGUGGGGGAACUUCAGUGUUUUGGCUGUCGGCGUCUGGGCCAUCGCGCAGAGGGACUCGAUCGACGCCGUGCUCAUGUUUCUGAUGGGGAUGGUCGUGACGAUACUGACCGACAUCAUCCAUUUUGGGAUCUAUUACCCGAUAAAUGACUUCGCCACAGAGUCUCGGAGGGACGUGUUUCGCUUCAGCGCGGGGAUGGCCAUCCUCAGCCUGCUGCUCAAGCCGGUGUCCUGCUUCUUUGUCUACCAAAUGUACCGCGAGCGAGGAGGAGAUUACAACGUUAACUUUGGUUUUCCCUCCGUAUCACGAAACAGAGAAGCCUACCAGUCCAUCGACCAGCAGGACGAGUCGACCAGCCCGGCGAACCCGUUCAACCAGGCCCAGGAUGCCAAACAACCAAGUCGCACAUACUGAGCGGACCAGGCGGUGAACCGUUGUGGUGUUUCUCCUCUGGGUUUUUUUUUUUUUUUUUUUGUUACGCAGCAGUUCGGUGCUGAGAGGGCGAUUUUCACAAUAUAUUCUUAUGUUCCUUACAAAUACUUUUAUUUUGGUGAAGCAUCUGUUUUGUUUGGGUUUAACAAUGAAAAGUGGCACAAAUUUAAAAAACAAAAACAAACAAAAAACGUUAUAUUUCUUUCUUCAAAGGUGGUGAUGUUAUUUGCUGAGGUGGCACAUCGCUGCUGAAUAAAUCCAGAGGAGGCACCGUUCUCCCCGCCGCCUCCACGCUGCGCUACUGUUCUCGUUGUUUUUACGCCUGCUAUUUUUAGUAGAGAGGUGUUGAAUGAACUAUUGUGUCCGCAGCAGUUUUGUGAGUUUACUUUUUUUUGUCCAAGUGUGUCAUUUUUUUUUCUGUAAACUGUUACAUUUCUUUGUCUGCAGUAAUUAUUUUCCCAUUUGCCUUUGGUUGUACGGUACAGCGAUUCUUGAAGCGCAGGACUUUUCUUUCUUUCUUUUUUUUUUUUUGUAACUCACCCGGACAGAAAUGAUGAUGUAUGAUGCAGCUCAGUCGCCAGGUUAAAACGUCGGCAGGUAACGUUUCUGCAAAACACAUUGCCGAACCAGUGACAACCGUACGAGACUGCGUUUCAACAGUUAAGAGUCAAGCUACUGGAUAUUUUCAGCCAGAAGUGUUUUAAGCUAAAACAUAAUCUUUUUCUAACCCUAACCAAGUGAAUGUUGCACCUGAACCCGACCAGAGCGUGAGCAGGACACAGAACAGAAAAUUGAGCAUCCUUGUUGUGCAGAAACACACUCUGCUAAUAUUAAUCUGGCGACUGUGUUGCUCAGUGUUUGCCUUUUGUACUUUAUCAGCUAAUAAGAGCUGUGAAUGUUUUUACACCGAGUUGAAGAAGACGUGACGACCAGAUUGAAUUUAAAGGCCCAGUGCAGCACACAGAUCAGCACUGUUCAUUUGAUCUGUGCACGAAAACAUAAACAGUGCUAACGUGUCUUCUGUUAAAAAUACAUUUAAAAAACGUGAGCACGUUCUCAUUUCUCAUUUUAAGUGUUUUAUCGGUGUAGUUCUCGUUGUAUGAGUGAACGUUUGAAUAAAUCCCAGAUCACUGACUGUGCAGCCUCUGGUAGCUGUUUUAAACAUCACACAUGUUGGAUGAAGGGUUUUAAAACGUCACAUUCAAUAAGCUUCAGUGUGCAGAUUACAUAAUAACAGUGAUAACCGCUGAGUGUGAUUGCAUCAUUCGAACUUUUCUUUUUAUGGUCAGUUCUCUUUCGAAAUCGUUUCAAGUUGUGACUUCCUGUUUUUGAACUGAUGACCCACGUGACGGAACAGAGAUGUGGUGACUGUGUUGGUCACAUGGAGAUGUCAAAUAAUCUCUGCUGCAGCGGCUCUCGAGUUAGAUCGUAAGAGUUGCCUACUUACCUCAUGUGAAUAUACCUUAAAGGAGCAGUUCAACUAAAAAUGUGAACUCAGAAAUGAUCUACUCCCUGUCGUGCUGAUGGAAAGUCUGUUGAAGUUGGUUCCACAAAACAUUUCUCUAGAUAAGAUUAGAUAACAUAAAACUCUAGCUAACAUAAAAUAUCUCUGCUCAUCCGGCGUGAUCAAAGUCUCCCCAAAUUGAUCUGAAAAAAACGUAUCUUCACUGUAACCGCUGAGCUAAAAGCGUUAGCAAGCACCCCGUCCGAAGUGGAUGCACAAGCUCGACUCUUAAGUCGAAGGUGUGAAUAUCGUCUUUCCAAAUCAUUCAGGGAUCUCAGGACUUCUGGACACUUUGAUCAUGCCGAUGUCGAGCUGCAUGGAGCCAUUUUAUGUUUGUUUUCAUCGACUUCAGCUGUUUAGGAAAACGCUGCUACACUGGAUGACAAAACUUUAGCGUACCACCUUUCCAUCAGCGUUGCGGUGAAUAGAUAAUGACUGAAUUUUCAUUUUUGGGUGAACGUAUCCUUUAAUUUAGUUACUGAAACACACGAGGUGUGAUCAGACACCCAGAGUGAGUCAAUAUCACUGCAAUGACGUUCAGCUUUGUUUGCUAACCUGUCAGAACGUCACCACCGCGAACAAGAAGUCAGAUUCUAACAGCACUUUGUUGCACUAGUCUUUGACCUUAGACAAUCAAUAAACAUGUUUUUCCGGCUGCUUGCAGAAAGCCAACAACACUUUUUCUGUUUAUAAUGAAA